GCCAAGAACGUUCACAUCACCAAGAAGUCUUACACAGAGGUGAUCAGAGAGGUGAUCAGCGUCCACUCAGGGGAGCUCAGCAGACAGUGGAGAGAAGAAGAGGACGAGGAGGAGUCGACAAGAUCGGAACUCUCCUCCCACAGGCAUCGGCAGGAUGAAAGGCGGUCAGCGUCAUCAGAGUCUCGUCACUCCCACAGUCGGCGCCAUCGCAGCCGGGAACGAAGUCGAGACCGAGAGAGCAGGAAGAGGAAGAAAAAGGAGAGGGAUUCUCGCUCCCCUGAUGACCACCACCACAACCGAAAGAAGAAGAAAAAGAAGAAGAAAGAGGAGCGGGAGAUGGAGAAGUGAUGACGCUGGUCCAGCAACAGCAGAACUCAGAUCAGGAGGUAUUUCUCACCCUGUUGAGACGAAGAGAUUGAAGACGAGAACAAAAAAACAAAAAGACGGUGAGGCCCCCGUCAGUGCCUGGGAACCUGAGGGAUCCUGCAGAGACAGAGAGAGGAGACAGAGAGAGGACAGGGGGAACCAGCGGGGUGAUCAUGCUGUGAGGAAGAGGAGCUCAGGGAAAGCUAAAUCAGGUCGUUUUUGUCCACAUCUGUAUCCUGAAAGUGUCCUGUGCAGGAUUUGGUCUGGUGUUGGUGGACUCUGCAGCACCAUGGGAGCCUCCAGUGAUAAGGCGUCUCUCCUCUCAGGGCUGCUGGUGUUCACGCUCUGUGUCGCCUCUUCUCUCGGCCAGGAAGAAUAUUCUGGAUACCACUCAGGUGAGGAACACACCUAUGAAGGCUCCUUGGUCGACCACUAUGACAACGUCGUCUCUCCUCAACCAGAAUAUCCACCUGAGCCGACUCACAGCUACGACGAGGACCAGAGGCCCGAGGAGGCGGACUACGACCCCUAUGGCCCCGCCCCCACCCAGGUCACCAUGAUCACAGAGGACUCCUUCCCUUACGCCACCACGGCCGAGUCCCACUACGCCAAGGAGGACACAGAGACCAUGCAGGUCCCAUUUGAGUUUCCAGACACCGACUCAUCAGAGGAAUCUGGGGGAGAUGCAGCGCUCGGGGAAGAGGGUCCGACAGAGUGUAACUGUGAACCUGGAGAGCCCGGAUUCGCUGGCUUUGCAGGACCGAAGGGAUCCAGAGGUCUGCAGGGUAAAUCAGGUGAACCAGGAGCUCAAGGCAGAGAGGGUUAUAAAGGAACCAAAGGGGUUCGAGGCAGAGGAGGAGACACUGGACCAGUGGGUGACGUCGGGCCUGAGGGAGAUGACGGAGCUUCUGGUUUCUCUGGAGCCAUGGGAGAACCUGGACUUCCAGGAGACCCAGGCGAGCCCGGAGAGCUGGGUCUGAAGGGAGACGUCGGGAUGGAGGGACCUCGCGGAGGAGUCGGAGGUCCUGGUGAGACUGGCCCUCGAGGUGACCCUGGACCUGCAGGACCAAGGGGAGGUAAAGGUAUCAAGGGGUCUCCUGGUGAAAAAGGUAAAGAGGGUCGUCAGGGACAAGACGGACAGAAGGGUCAGACCGGAGCUCCUGGGUUUCCAGGUGAUGUCGGCGACAGAGGAUACACUGGUUAUCCUGGACAGCCGGGAGCUUUCGGACCAAGUGGACCAAAGGGCACUCAGGGUCAGGGAGGCCUGCCUGGCAGUGACGGUGACCCCGGAGAAGAUGGUCCUAUAGGAGUCCCGGGUGUGAUGGGAGAGCCGGGACAGUUUGGUCCAAAGGGCAGUAAAGGAGAUCGUGGUGUGAGGGGACCUCGAGGCAGAGUCGGUGCUGGGGGAGCUCAAGGAGAACAAGGAGAUGCCGGAGUGCCGGGGAAGCCAGGACCAAAGGGCCUGCAGGGCAGCACUGGCGCCAAAGGUGAGACGGGACCUGAUGGUGAGAAGGGUGCAGCAGGGAAGAAAGGCAUUAAAGGUGCCAAAGGAAAGAAGGGAGGCGGAGGUGACCGUGGAAACAAAGGACAGCGUGGACCGAAAGGUGCAGUCGGUCGUACCGGCGGCCCCGGGCCCGCGGGCCCGCCGGGCAUCCCAGGUUCCAGAGGAGAGCGCGGUCCACUCGGUGACCUGGGUGUGAAAGGCCGAGCUGGACCCAAAGGAGCCCCUGGUCCCAGUGGUCCUGGUCUGACUGACGAGCAGGUCCUGCAGCUCUGCAGAGGUGUGAUCACGGCCCAGAUGUCCCAGUACGCCUCCUCCAUCCGGGCCAAGUGCUCUCAGGGCUGCCCCAUCAACAACCGGACGCUCAUCGGGCCCCCGGGAGCUCCAGGGGCGCUGGGGUCACCUGGCAAACGGGGUAAAGCUGGGAAACCUGGAGCCAAAGGAGCCAGAGGUGCUCAAGGUGACAGAGGACUGGAGGGACAGGAGGGAGCGGAGGGGAAAAGAGGACAAAAAGGAGCUAAAGGCCUCGCAGGUGAUCCAGGUACAGGUCACCCAGGACCUGAUGGACCACAAGGCGUCAGAGGUUUACCAGGUAACCCGGCCGAACCCAAAAACGGCAUGGAGGGACCCCAAGGUCCCCGUGGUUUCCCUGGAGCGGUCGGUCAGCCCGGCAUGGUCGGGAACGCAGGCGUGCCGGGAUUCUGCGAGGCGCGCGACUGCAGCAUUUACGCGCCGGUGAUGCGUAAAGAGCAGGGUCUGGUGAAAGGACCCGUCAGUUCAAAGAUCUGAACCUGAACACAGAAACUGAGAUCCACCCCACGGUUCAUCUCACUGAACUCCAGCUGGAGUUACGACUGGGUUUAAAUGGGAACCAAAGUUUUGUUAGAUUUCUGAGAAUAUUUUGUUUAAAAGCUUCACUGACUGUUGUUUAAAAUGUCAGAGGACCCGGUGUAGAGCUGUGUGUCGCUCCGCUGGUGGACGAGACUCGUCCGUCUGAGACUGACGAGGCUGCGAGUGAAUAUAAAGAUCGAAAUACUGCAACAACUGUGACCAAGACCAGUCUCACCUGAUGUGUCGGUAUUUCAUAAAAACACACUAAAUGAUUCCCAGCAGACUCCUUUAGCUUUAGUUUGUUUUCUCUGGUUUAAUACACAAAAAUAAAAAGUAAGUCUAUGUAAAUAUUUUGUAAAGUAUCUCAAAUACAUGUACUGUGCUCUGAAAGAUGUUUCAGAUAAACUGUCUGAUGUUUUUUA